AUGAACUCCUUUAUCAUUGUCAUUAUUGCAUCGCUGUGCGGUCUUGCUCAUGCCCUCUACCUUCCGACCGUUGCUGGUGAUUCUCAAACUUCCCAUGGACCUGGUGUCCGUAACCCCAGAUUACAUGUGGUUGGAAUGCGUCAUCAGCAAGAUGAUGUGGUUAACUUCCAGGAUACUGUUUAUGCGACGAACAUGACGAUUGGCGGCCAUAAUGUCCUCAUUCAACUUGACUCCGGAUCUUCUGACCUUUGGGUCAACGUGUCAUCUGGUCAGAUAGAGUUCUCUAACGUGACCAACAUCACAACUUCGCAGUCUUAUGGCCUCGGUUCUGUUACCGGUCCUCUCACUUUUGCUAACGUCGCCAUUGGUCCGCACUUCGUCCCUAAUCAAGCUUUCAUCAAUGCUACGAAUACUACGAGUUUUGGCACAAUCUUUGGCGAUGGUGUCAGCGGUAUUCUAGGUCUUGCUGCUGAUGCAGGUUCUGCAGUAGACAUAGCGGCCACGCAGAAGUUCGGCACUGGAACCACUCUCGGCCUUACCUUCAUGUCAAACCUCUUCCUCCAGAAUGCCGACAUGCAGCACAUGUUCACAGUGCAACUUGGCCGCAGUGAUGAUCCCGAUUAUACUGUUGAAGGUGACUUCACAAUUGGCGAGUACUUGCCCGAGUACAUCAGUGUUGCCAACCAGCCUCAGCUGCCGCGCUACCCGAAUCCGGAUGUUAAUGACGCUGCUCCUCGCUGGUCCGCCAUUAUGAGCGGUAUGACUGUCAACGGCCAGCCGUUCGCGUUCAAUAAAUCUGGCGUACCGGGGGUGCCUGAAGGCUCAAUUGUUACGGUCUUCGAUACUGGCUUCUCCUUCCCACCUCUGCCUACGGCUGCUGUGAACUUCAUCUAUAGCAGUAUCCCGGGUGCAACGUACGACAAUUCUACCGGCCUCUGGCUUGUUCCUUGCGAGAGCUCUACUCGGCUUGAGUUCCAGUUCGGUAACAUGUCUGUGCCCAUCCACCCGCUCGAUAUUACUACUGUGACGCAGUUGAACAAUAAGACUGUUUGCGUAAACACUUACCGUCCGUCCACGCUUCCGGUAAACGACCAGUUUGACGCUAUUCUUGGUGACGCCUUCCUCAAGAAUGUAUACGCAUCGUUUAACUACGGAGCUUGGUCUGCGCAGAAUCCCGAAGCCAUUCCUUACAUCCAGCUACUUCCUACGACCAACUUGACCACCGCCUUUGCCGAGUUCUCGCAGGUCCGUUCACAGAUGGUUGCUUCUGCCGAGGCCUCAGCAUCCAUGACGGCAACCCCAGCGGCCACUACAUCAACUCCCGCUGUUGCUGCUGCCCCCACUUCCAACCCCAUGUUCGCCUCUGCGUGGUCGAGUUCCCCUGCAACGUCCGAAUUACCGGUCAAUGCUCCCCCUACUCCUCAAGGCUUCGCGACAGCAGCUGCUCCCCCAUAUUUCCCUUCACCCCCAACUGUCUCGCCAGGGUCACAUAUGGCAGGCUCGGGCAUCCAGCCAGGUCAAUUCCCAAGUAACAGUGAACCUGCCCUCCAGCCACCUCCUGGGGGUUCUGGCCAGCAAGCGAUGAUUGCUCCGGCGACGAACGGCAAGUCUGCACCUGUCCCGCUGCAUCGCCGCGCAACCCGCAUGGUCGUUGAGUGCGUCGGCCCCGUGGUUGAGCAGUACGGCGCGAUGUUCUUCGCGGUUCUCUGCGGCUCGCUCAUAGUCUCGCUCAUCCUUUGCAUUGUUACCGUUAUGUUGGCCAUCCGCAAUCAUCGCCGGAUAGCGAAGCAGCGGAGUUCCGCAUACUCUGUCCUCGAGGCGAAAGCACGCUCAGAAGCGGAUCCUGAAGCGGAUGUUCUGUCCGCCUCCUAUUACUACUAUCAUGACGACUGUUGA